CUGUAUUUCCUGUCCCACUAAUAAGUUGCUAAGUUGUCUUAGGCAUUGUCAGUAUACGUGUGGGAGACAAUGGAGGACAGCACAGAAGAGGACAUUGAGUCUCUGAUUGAGGGGAUGGCCUACAUCCCUGGCCACUUUCAUUUGAAUCUGAAUCUGAAUGGUGAACCCAAUGGACCAGCCACACUUCGGCACCGAGACACCCAGCUCAAGUGUGAGAGCCUUAGAGCUGAGCUCGAAGCUGAGACGGGACAACUACAGUUUGCCAUCCGCAAUAUUCUGGGCCUGCUGGCCUUUCAUAUGGAUGAACUAGAGAUGGCAAAAGAGACCUUUCACAGCAUCUGCCAAGAGGAUCCGGAAAACCUCAACGCCUGGGCCAACCUGGGUUACGUAUACGAACGCCUGGGUCGAGAGUUGGAAGAGGGGGAGUGCAUGGAGCGUGUGGCUGCCCUCAUGGGGCAAGAGAUGGGGGAUAACCAGACAGACUGCAGGCUCAGGGUGGCACGAUGCUUGGCUGAACAGGCGUAUGUACAUCCUCAUGACGUGGAGCUGGAGAGGGACGAAGAUUUACGGGAGAGACUGACAGCUGCGCUUAUGUCCUACAACCGUGCACUCGACUACGGAGAGGAACUGAUCCCAAUAGAGGAAAAAAGAAGUUGGUACUUCAAAAUGGCAACAAUUUACAUAAGGUUAGAUGGAAUUGUGAGGGAUUCAAACGACACUGACCUAACAAGACUGACCUAUUUCAACAAGGGCCUCAAGCUUCUCACAGAGACUCUACAAUCUGACAACACACAUCUCAAAGCCAUGGCCUGGUGUUAUGUUGGUCUCAUGCUGGAGCGGACGGAGGAGUUCUCCACUGUGCCAAUGUCAGUCCAUGACUGUGGUUUCUCUGGAUCUGACCCUUUGACAUGUUAUGGAUCGGCCAUUAAGCUCGCCACAGAGGAUGCAUUCACGCUCAACAGGCUAACGGACGUGUUCUUCCUGUCAGGCAAACUGGAGAUGGCCUUAGGUAUCUGUAACAUGGCACUGAGUGUCUUGCCUGAUGCAGAACUCAACUGGCAGGCAUACUGUACACGUGCCAAG